AUAUCGGAAGGGCACCAGCUAGGGUUUCGACGACUCUUCUAUUCUCUUCUCUCUCUCUCUCUCUCAAUCGAGAAAGGUAAAUCGCCAUUUCCCCUCUCUCUCGCUCUCGAUCGAUCGAAAUUUCUAAAUUUAGGGCGAAAGAUCCAGCUAGGGUUUCGACACCAGGUCAUCUUCGUCCCCGAUCCGAGCUGUUCCAUCUCGAUCUCUAGGGUGUUGUUUGCGUAGAAAGGUGCGAUUUUUUGAUGUGUUGAAGGGUCGGGAAGGGUUGAAUUGGUGCUUUGAUCGCCCAUGCCGACCUUUACGGCGAUCGCCCUGGAUCGCCUUCUCGAGCCGGGGUCGCGGAACGCCUCCGCGAAGCCGCCUCCGGCUCCGCCGCCGCCCGCGAGGGCGGAGAGGCUGGUGCCGAUCUCGUCCUCGGCGAGGAAGGUGAUACCGAAGCGGCACGUAUCGCCGACGCUCUACGCCACGCCGGAGAGCACUCCGCUCCCCGACUCCCCCUCCUCGGCCUCCUCAUUCCCGCCUCCGUCGCCCUACAUCAUCAAUCACAAGCGCCGUGGGCCGCGGCUCCUCAAGAGCUUGUCCCAGAGUGAUGUCGGCAACAUCGGUGCCCCGCCGCAGCUGCUGCCGCCGCUGCCACUGCCGCUGCCGCUGCAGCCGGAGCAGAAGCUCGAGGUGGUAAAUGGAAACGGAGCGGAAGAGAAGUCCAAUGGAUAUCGGCACGAAGAGAAGGCUCGAAGAGACGAUGAACAAGCCAAGGAUCCAAGCUCGAGUGAUGGGAUUAGGGGAGAUGAGGAUUCGACGAAGGUUGUUGAUGUUGAUGUAGAGAAAGAAGGGGAGAGCGAAGAUUUCUUCGAUUUGCAGGACUCGAUGAGUACAGUUAGUAAUUCGGAGAAUGAUGAUGGAAAUGGAGCCGACCGUUCACCGAAGCCGACCACACCUAUUGGGGAAUUCUACGAUGCAUUCGAAGAGAUUUCUAGUGACGGAUCUGCACGCCCUUCUUAUCGAAAUAUCGAGAACGAGCUGAGUCAAAUGAGAUUGAAUAUACUAAUGGAAAUUGAGAGGAGGAAGCAAGCAGAAGAAGCACUUGAGAACUUACAAAGCCAGUGGGAGAAGCUCAGCCGCCAACUCUCACUCGUGGGUUUAAGGCUUCCAGCUCCUCCAUCUAUAGCAGAAAAGGGUGACCAAACAGGUAUCAAUCCAGCGGAGGAUCUGUGCCAGCAAAUCACUAUUUCCCGGUUUGUGGCUUCUGCUGUUGGAAGGGGAUGUUCUCGUGCAGAGGUUGAAGCAGAGAUGGAGCCUCAUAUUCAAUUGAAGAACUUUGAAAUUGCGAGGUUGUGGGAUCGGCUCCAGUUUUAUGAAGCUGCAAACAGGGAGAUGUCUCAAAGGAACCAAGAAGCUGUUGAAAUGGCACGGCAGCAGCGGCAUAGGCGGAAGAGGAAGCAGAAGUGGUUCUGGGGCUCCAUCGGCCUCGCCGUCACCCUCGGCACUGCGGCCAUUGCCUGGUCGUAUCUCCCUGCUUCAAGACCCGAGCCUAACGACGGAGAUGAUAACACAGCCACCAUGAACACCGGUCGCGACUAGAUCCCGAACAAUUAUCUUUAUUUCAGCUUUCUUUCUUUCUUUUUUGGUUAUUUUCCCCCUUACGGCCUCAUAUAAAGUUCUUGUUAUACAAGCCAUUCUAAGAGGUUUUUUGUUACAUGAGUUGGAGUUUCUUGCUGAGCAUAUCUAAUUGCUCUGCUGUGUAUAAAUCUGAAUGGGUGGCGGCCGCGGUUAGCGCUCGACGCCGUUCGCACUCUCUACGAGGUAUCAAGUUUUGCUGCUCAAAGUAAUGAUAUUACUAUGGGAAAAAAGCACUUUUAAUAGUUAGUAUAACACCUUGCUAUGAGAUUUGAUGCAACUCUUAGAAACAGUUGCCAAGUUUUUGAGUUUUGACAAAUAAUAUUUGUGUAGCUUCUGUUCUUGAGGCUUGAGCUGAAUUAUGGUAUGGAAUGUGGCAAAUUUGGUAUGUGAAUCAUUUGGUAAUAAUUCUGGAUUAUUUUUUA